CAUUUUGAAAAAAACUUACUGACAGUUAAGAAGUAGCAUUAUGAAUUUCUGUUGUUGUGGACCUGCAGUGCAACUGUAGACGUUAUUGUUGAUAACAGAGGUGCCAGUGAUUAUGUUUUUACCUGUAUUACAACGAUGGACGAAACGCAGGGGAACCUAGAUGAUGGAGUCAAGAUUGCAGGCGAUGAGAUGCACCCCUCGAUGCGGAGCGGUGCGGAGCUGCGGCAGGAGCAGGGUGCCGGAGAGGUUACCGCGUCUCGCCCUCAGGGUGCUCUGUCCGUCAGGGGCCAGGAGGUGGAGGAGCUGACGGAGCUACACAGCGAUGCUCGCGCGGGGGAGCGCGCGCCGGGCGUAGAUCGCGGCGGUAACGCUCCUGUGUGGCGGCCGAGCGCGAAGCGAUGGGACAGGUGGCGGGGUCUGCAGAGGACCUCCCGCUCCGCACAGCUCCUCCGGGACUCCGAGACGAAAAACGGCGAGACGGAGGAGCGGCCGGCGCGGGUCCCGGCGAGUCAGGGCGUGGCCGAAACGCACCCCCGCGAAGCGCUGCCUGACGGGACAGAGGAGGAGGAGGAGGAGGAGGAGGUUGUGGUUCAGCUCACCAGCGUGGUCCAGGGGCUCCAGGUUCAGCUGAAGCAGGAGAAGGAGGCGGGGCAGCACCUGACGGACAGGUACGCCGCACAGUCGUCCACCUAUGAGAUGCGGCUUCGGACGCUGGAGGCGGAGCGGGAGGAGCACCUGGGCCAGCUGGCGCAGAAUCGCGGAGCAGAGCGACAGCGUUUGAGUGAGGGGCACGGAGAAGAGAUCCUGCAGGUCCAACAGCGCCUGGGGACCCGCCAGGCCCACGGAGACCACGUUUACUGGUACAUCCGAAACCCUGAGGAGGACCUCGCUGUGCGCAGUGCUCACAGAGACCAUCUGGACCAGGAUGAGCCUGGAGAACCCUGGGAGAACCCAGACCAGGAGGGCUCCCUCACCAGCGGUCAGGACCACCUGCUGGAGAAGUACCUGGUCUCGGCAGCCCUGAGGGACAGCUGCUGGUUAGAGGACAGCCUGGAUGAUCGCCACCUGCUGGAAGGAGCAGGGAACUACAGGUUUCGGCGUGACAGUGAAGACCUUCUGGAUGGAUCGGCGUCCCUCAGCAGUGACUCCCCAGGCCUGGACGGGAGCUCGUCGGAGGAGGAGGUGGACCUGGGAAAGGCGCUGCUGGUGCAACAGUGCCGGGACCUGGCCGCACAGCUGGAGGACCGGGAGAAACAGCUGGAGGACCGGGAGAAACAGCUGGAGGCGCUCCGGGAUGAGACUCGGGGUUCCGCGGUGGAACUUCGAGAGGCCCUGGAGAAGCGCGACGCAGCGACGGAGGCUCUGGAGUCCGCACAGCGCCACCUGGAGGCGGAGAGAGCGCUGCGGCUGCGGAGCGAGGAGGCGGCUCAGCGCCAAAGCCAGGAGGCGGGCGACCUCCGGGCGCGGCUCGGUCGCCUGCAGAGCCAGCGGGGGGGGGAGGAGCGCGCCCGGGAGGAGGCGCUGGGCCUGAUCGCCGAGCUGAGGGAGGAGAAGGAGCAGCUCCUGGUGCAGCUGAGGGGACAGGAGCAGCUGGUCUGGGACGUGCAGGAGCAGAAGCUGGCCGGGGACUCUGUGACGUGCGAGGUGCAGGCGCUCUUCGGCCGGCAGCUGAUCGUGCUGCAGGAGCAGCGCGACCGCCUGCAAGGCAUGCUGGACCGCCAGCAGGCCAAGAACCAGACCGCCUCCCGGCUGCUGGGCCAGAGGACCCUGGAGGUGGACUCCUCCCUGCAGGAGGUUCAGCGCCUCCGGGAGCAGCUGGCAGAGAGGGAGGAGGCUGCGCUGAGGGCCGGGAGAGAGAAGCAGGAGCUGGAGUCCCGGCUGUGUGGCCUCCAGGAGAGUCUGGCGGAGGCGCAGCGGGCCUGGAGUCGGGCGGCGGAGGAAGUGGCCGCCGGGGAGAGCCGCGCGGCGGAGCUGGAGACCAGGGCGCGGAACGCGGAGAACGCCACCGAGACCGCCAGGGCCGAGUUCCAGAGCCGGCUGGAGGCGCGGGACCGGGAGGUGCAGGAGGUGAACGAGCUGCUGGAGGAGAUGCAGAGGAAGCAGUCUGACCUGGGGGAGGAGCAGAAGAGUCGCAUCGCGCUGAUAAAGCAGGUCCACGAGCGCGAGCGCCGGCGGGAGAUGGCCGAGCUGGCCGCCGAGCGGGAGGCGGAGCUGAGCCGCCUGGAGGCGGAGCUAAAGGAGGGCAUGGAGGCCGCCCAUCAGGCUGAGCUGCUGCAGGCACAGACGCAACACUCUCUGGAGCUGGAGACCCUGCGGCUGAGCCUGACCAAUCAGCACGCUCUGGAGCUGGAGACCAUGCGGCUGAGCCUGACCAAUCAGCACGCUCUGGAGCUGGAGCAGUGCCAGAGUGCGCAACAGCGCCACACGGAGGCGGCGCUGAGCGAGCAGCGGGAGAGCCUGGAGGCCGGGUGGGCCCAGGACCGCGCCCAGCUCCACGCUCAGCAGCAGGCCGAGCUGGAUCGGGUCCACGACCAGAACCGCGACCAGGCCCGGCGGGUCCAGCAGCAGCAUCGGCAGGAGAAGGAUGAUUUGAACCAGGAGUGGGAGGCUCGAAUGCAGAAAGAGAAGGUCCGGAUGGAGGAACUGCAGGCCAAUCAGAUUGAGGCGCUGAGGGCGGAGUGGCAGAGGGAGUCGGACCGGGCCCAGGAGGAGCUCCAGAGCCGGCUGAAGGAGACGCAGGAGGCGCUGUCCGCUAGCCGGGCUCAGCUGGAGGAGCAGGAGGAGCUGCGCGCCUCCAGGGAGCGGGAGCUCCUGCGUCUGGGGGAGGAGCUGAGCCGGGCGCGCGCGGAGCGGGACGCCGCUGCCGGAGCAGACGACGUGGAUCUGGUGGCCAGCCACCAGGGGGCGCUGCAGGAGCAGCAGGACCGUGCGCAACGCCUGGAGGAGCUCUGUACCGCCAGCGCUGAGAGGGAGCAGCGACUGCAACAGGAAGUGGAGAGACUGCAGGCAGACCAUGUGACCCUGAAGUGGAGCUCCGAACAGGAAGUGGACCGUCUGCGGACCGAGCUCGAGCGCAUGAGGGCCAGCUGUCAGGACCCGGGGGGGCUGAGGGAGCAGCUACUGGCCCGCUCCCCCCGGGGGGAGGAGGUGCAGCCGCAGGAGGAGGUGCAUCGGCAGGAGCUCGCCCAAGCGGAGGAGGAGGUGCAGCGGCUGACGCGGGAGCUCUCCCAGGUGGAGGAGGUGCAGCGGCAGGAGGAGGUGGAGGAGCUGAAGCAGGAGCUCUCCCAGGCAGAGGAGGAGGUGCAGCAGCUGAAGCAGGAGCUCUCCCAGGCAGCGGAGGAGGUGCAGCAGCUGAAACGGGAGCUCUCCCAGCAGCAGCAGGAGAUCCAGGAGCAGAAGGAGGCGGAGCUGAAGAACCUGCGCUCCUACUUCGAGCGGCGGCUGCGCGUGGCGGAGGAGAGCCACCGGGAGGAGGUGGCCCUGCUCCAGCGCCGGCUGGCGGAGGUGGCCGAGGAGAACGCCGCCCCCCAGGGGGGGAACGCCAGCUUCCUGUCGGAGGGGGACGUGGAUGAGGACAAGGCCGACAUGCUCGCAGAGAUAAACAUGAAACUGGAAAAACACAAGGAGGAGCUGUACUCUCUGCGCUUGCGGUUGGAGGAGAAGCACACUGCGGAGCUGGACCAGCUGCAGGCCAGCCUCACCCUGUCGCACCGAGAGCAGCUCCUGCAGGUGAAGACUCACCUGGCCGACCGCUACUUCCGCCAGACCCAGGACCUGAAGACCCAACACUCCCAGGAGCUGGAGCAGCAGCGAGCCAAGCUGACCGAACACCACGCCAAAGAGAUCAGCAGGCUGCGUCUGCGCAGUGCCCAGGACGCGGCUCGGCAGGUGGAGCAGGAGCUGGAGGAGAGGGGCCGGGCGCUGGCGGGGCAGGCCCGCUCGGAGAGGAGCCGAAUCCGGGGCCUGGAGGAGCAGCUGGCCGCUCUUCGGAUGGGGCAGGAGGAGCAGCUGAGGCAGGCCGCAGAGCGGAGCGGGGAACUCGCCCAAAAGGCCCAGGAGAAGCUGAAGCAGGACUUUGCGGAGCAGCUGCGUGUGGCCGUGCGGGAGGCCCAGGCGCAGGAGAGGGAGCGGGCGCUCCAGGAGCUCUCCCAGGAGAAGGAGGAGGCGCUGGGCAGGCUGAGGGAGGAGCUGCGGGCCCAGGAGGAGACCCGAGUCUCCGCCCUGAGGGAGGAGCUGGAGCGGGCGGCCGCUGAGGAGCGACGGGCCCUGCAGGAGCAGCAGGAGGAGGAGGAGCGGAGGCGCGGGCGCUCCCCACGGGACAGUCCGGAGAGCGAGAGCGACCCCCGCGUCCUGGCGGUGAGGCGCAAGGUGGAGGCGCAGUUCCAGAGGGAGCUCCUCACCGCCAAGCGCCUCAUGGCCGAGGAGGUGAAGGAGCUCAACGCGGUGCUGCUGGAGCAGGCGGAGGCCAAGCUGCAGGAGGCGCAGAGGAGGUUCCAGAAGGAGCAGAAGGAGCGGGAGGAGAAACUGGGCUUGGAGCAGGAGGCCGCUCUUCGGGACCUGACCAAGAAGCACGGCCAGGAGCUGGAAUCCCAGAAGGCUUUGCUGGGGGAGCGCGUGCGCAGUCUGGAGGAGGACCGUCAGAAUCUGGAGGAGAGGCUCGAGCACAAACACGGGGCGGAGCUUGAUUCGCUGAGGGCGGAGCUUCAGGCCAAACACAAGGCGGAGCUGCACUCUCAGGAGGCGGAGCUUCAGGCCAAACACAAGGCGGAGCUGGACUCUCUGGAGGCGGAGCUUCGGGCCAGACUGCAAGGGGACAGGGACGAGCUGGAGGCCCGGAUGCUGUCCAACAUGGACACCCUGGAGUCGGCCUACCUGGCGCAGAUCCAGGCGGGGCGAGACGAGCGGGACGGGGCGCUGCAGGCCCUGCGGGACCGGGAGAGGGGUCACGCGGCGCAGCUGGACCGGCUGAGAACACAGCACCAGGCCAAGCUGGGCCUCAUCUGCAUAGAGCUGCGCAGAGAGCUGGACCAGCUGCUCAUGGACAAGUCCUCCAGCACAGCACCUCAACCAGCCCAGAACCAGCCCUCCACCACAGCAUCUGAACCAGCCCAGAACAAGCCCUCCAGCACAGCACCUCAACCAGCACAGAACCAGCCCUCCAGCACAGCAUCUGAACAAGCCCAGACCCAAAAGCUGAGCGCUGGGACGUCCGGCCGGGAGGACCCCGAGGAGGAGGUGCUGGAGGAGGUGCCAGUGGAGGUGCUGGUGGAACAGCUGGAGGAGCCAGACUUUGAGGCUUCUGGAGACAGGGUCGCUCUGGGGCUGGGACAGCUGUUCUCCAAGCUAAAGACUGACCUGAGAACGGUGGCUGUAGAGAGGAGAGGCUUGCUGGAGGCGCACGUGCAGCUGCAGGAGGUGCUGCAGGAGGUGGUGAGGAGGACCGUGGCCACAGAGGAGGAGAUCCUGCGGAGGAUACGUGCCCACGCGGAGCCCGGGGUGGGCUGCGGAGGGGAGGCGGGAGAGAAGCUUCCGGACUCCGCCCUGCGCUCGGCUCUGACGGACGAGGGUGUGGGCCUAUCCCAGAAGCCCUGGCAGAGCCUGUUCUCCGGGCUGGGGCUGGGGCGGGACCCGCAGGUGGAGGAGGCGGUGCUGGGAGUCUCCGCCCGUUUGUGCUCUGUGGUGCGCAAGCUGCUGGACCUGUCACAGUUGGAGCCGCACCCCCCGAGGCCACGGGUGCCCCUGGAGGAGCACCUCAUCCAGAGCGGGCCGGACUCUGCCCCAUCUCAGCUGCAGGAGUACCGCCCCCCAGAGCAGCUGCACAGGGGGCCAGUUGAAUUUGGCGCAGUGGAGAAGGCUGCUCUGGAGGAGGUGCUACAGCAGAAGGAGGCGCAGGUGCAGGGGCUGGUGGAGGAGCUGCAGCGGCUGGACGUGGAGCUGCAGGAGCUCCGUGAGGAGCGUGCCCUCCUACUCCGUCAGAGGGAGGCCCUUGCUGAGCCCCUGGGGGACACAGAGCGGGCGCUGCUGGGGGAGGCGCAGCGCCUCCUGCAGGAGAAGGUGGAGGCGCAGCGGCAGGCGGAGGAGGACCGGAGCAGGCUGGCGUCGAGGCUCCGGCUGAUGGAGGUGGAGGUGGAGGAGCGGGACGGCGGCAGGCUGGAGGCGGAGGAGCGGCGCCGGGCCCAGGUGGAGGACCUCCGCCUGCAGGUCCACGCCCUGGAGAAGCAGCUCCGGCACCACCGGCAGUUCAUCGACGAGCAGGCCGUGGAGCGGGAGCUGGAGCGGGAGGAGUUCCAGCAGGAGAUCCAGAGGCUGGAGGCGCGGCUGAGGCGCUCGUCCCGGCCCCGCCCCGGAGGAGGAGGAGGAGGAGGCGGCGAGGAGGACAAGAUUGAGGACUUGGUUCUCCAGGUGGAAAACCUGCGGGCGGCCAUCAGGCAGAAGAGCGAGGACUGCGAGCGGCUGCUCCUCACAAAAGAGAAGUACCGCGGCGACGUGGCCGAGCAGAACGAGCAGAUCCACACCAUGGCAGCGCGCAUCUGCGAGCUGGAGCGCGCUCUGUUAGACACGAGCCCGUCCGGUCACGCACUGGCCCCGCAGGAUGCAGCGCAGGACAGAGCCCCCCUGCAGCAGCUGCUGUGCUCCAGCUGCCUGCAGGUGUUUGCUCUGCAGCGUAACUUAGACGACCCCCGUCAGUGCCCCCCCAGGAGUGGGGCGGGCCACCCCCUGGACCAGCAGCUCCAGGCAAUACAGAUGGAGCUCCGUACAGCCGGUGUGGGGCAGGUACAGGAGAACGAUCACGCCGUGCGCCCCCUCCCGGAAGCGGACGGCCACGAGGACACGCCCUCCGUGCGUCUGGCCCCCCCGGACCAGCUGGAGGAGCAGAGGCGGGAGAUCCGCCAGCUCGGCGAGGAGAUCCUCCGUCUCCGCCGGGAAGCCGACGCCUCCCAGGACCAGGCAGCAGAGGAGGCGCGCGCGGAGGUGGAGGAGCUGCGGUCGCAGGUGGAGCACCUCCGCAGCGACAGGGAGCGUCUGCGGCAGGACAGGGAGGUGGAGGAGGAGCGUCUGCACGAGGUCAUCCACAAGCUGCAGGAGGAGCUGGAGCGGGCGGAGUCCACGCGGUACGAACUCAGCACCUCCUCCGAGAACAGCCCCGCCCCGCCCCUCCCCCACACCCCCCGCGGCCUGGAGCACAGCCUGCGGCAGGAGCUGAGCCGCCACGCCCCCGUCCCAGAGCCGCGGGGGGAGGCGCACCCGGGACCCGGCGGGACGGGGGCGCAGAAGCGUGGGGGAGACGCUCCGGACGGGACCGUCCCAGCAGAGACCCUCCGGACCGUGCUGGAGGCCCUGCAGGCCCAGGUUCAGGAGGGCCAGGCCAGAAUACACGAGCUGGAGACAGAGAAGGAGGAGCUGAGGCAAGCCAAGGGCCACCUCCAGGAGGAAGUAGGAAGGCUGCGACAGGAAGUGACAUCAAAGAGAGACCACAUCCAGCAUCUGAACUCUGGGCUAGGGGGAAGGACGGCGGGAGCAGGGGACCUGAGAGAGGUGCUGACCGUUGCCGAGGAGACGCUGGCCAAGGCAGAGGUGGCUCUGAGGGAGAACGAGGAACGUCUAGCUCAGGGAAGGGCGGAGCAUGAGGCCUUGUGGGCGGAGCAUGAUGCCUUGAACGAGGAGCAUGAGGCCCUGAAGGAGGAGCAUGAGGCCCUGAAGGAGGAGCAUGAGGCCCUGAAGGAGGAGCAUGAGGCCCUGAAGGAGGAGCAUGAGGCUCUGAAGGCGGAGCAUGAGGCCCUGAAGGCGGAGCAUGAGGUAUUGUGGGCGGAGCAUGUUUCCUUGAAGAUGAAGUUUGCUGCUGUACAGGAGGAGCUGGGCUCCAGCGCACACAGGACAGAGACGCUGAUGGAGGAAAGCCAGACUGAGGACAGAGCGCUCGCUGACCUGGAUAUCCACAGCCAGCUGCUUGGGCUGUCCGGCCAGCAGGGGGAGCCAGAGAGCCGCAGCCUGCAGGGCGAUGCCUGCACCCGACACGGGGCCCCCGGGCGUAGCUCCUUCCUGUCCGGCCUGCGGUACGAGGCCUCCCCACGCCCCCCGGGGGGGCUGCGUACCCCGAGCUCCAGCGGGGACCCCGCCUCUGAGCUCCCCUCCCCCCCGCUGUCCCAGGACCUUUCCCAGCCCCCGGAGGCCUUCAGCACCCCGCUCACCCUCUCCGCCUCCGCCUCGGAGCCCCCCUCCACCCGGGACUCCCCCCCCGCCUCGGAGCCCCCCUCCACCCGGGACUCCCCCCUCUCUGAGCAGGUGAGGACGCUGGACGAGCGGUACUUCACCGGACUGGAGGAGUGGCCCAGCGAUGCUGACUGCAGCAGCGUAAGCUCGCACCGGGACACCACUCUGCAGGAGCAGUGGGGUGCGCCGGAGGGCCUGAGUGCCAGUUUUCUGGAGUACCUGCACAAUCGGGACAUGUCUGUGGCAGGGAGGACAGACAGCGCCACGGAGAGCAUGGGCCAGGACGCCGAGCUCCUCUCUCCCGAACUACAGAGCUGGCUGAAGAGGGUGUACAGGGAGGGACACAGGGUCCUCUCCUUGUCCGAGCGCCCUGUCCCGGUCGCCGUGACGACCCCCAGCCCUGACGAGGCUCCGCCCCCCUCCUGGCAGGCAGAGAGACGGGCUCUGCAGCAGACCGUCCUCUCCCUCAGAGAGCUGCUGUGCAAGAUGGCCGCCAGAGAGCCCAAGGAGGAGCAGUGGCGGCUGCACCUGGAGCAGCUCCUCUCCGCGGACCGGCUGGCCCUCCUGGAGGAGGUGCAGCACCUGCGCUCCCUGCUGUGCGCCUCCAGCCUGCGGAGCCAGGAGCAGCUGCGCCUCCUGCAGGCCUCCCUCAGCGCCGCACGGGGGGAGGGCAGCCAGUGCCGACACGGGGAACUGCUGGAGCCCCAUCUGACGGAGAGGCGUCUGGGACGAACGGAUCAGCAAACUACGCAGAGGGCAGGAGGGGCGGAGCAGAAGGCCCAGCUGUGGGCGGAGCAGACAGGAGGGGCGGAGCAGAAGGCCCAGCUGUGGGGGGAGGAGCAGAAGGCCCAGCUGUGGGAGGGGCUGGUGAGCACGGAGAUGUCCCAGGAGGCCGAGCGUCACCAGCAGAGGGAGCAGUCUCCCUGCGAGGCACUGAUCACAGAGGAGAGCAAUCGAGCUAUUGACCACGCCCACAGCCUGGAGGAGGAGGUGCAGAGGAGGCAGGAGGCGCUCAGACAGCUGGAGGAAGAGGUGCAGAGGAGGCAGGAGGCGCUCAGACAGCUGGAGGAGGAGAGGGUGAGCCACGUCCACAGCCUGGAGGAGGAGGCGCAGAGGAGGCACAAGGUGCUCAGACAGCUGGAGGAGGAGAGGGCGAGCCACGCAUGCAGCCUGGAGGAGGAGGUGCAGAGGAGGCGUGAGGCGCUCAGACAGCUAGAGGAGGAGAGGGUGAACCACGCCUGCAGCCUGGAGGAGGAGGUGCAGAGGAGGCGCAAGGUGCUCAGACAGCUAGAGGGGGAGAGGGUGAACCACGCCUGCAGCCUGGAGGAGGAGGUGCAGAGGAGGCGCGAGGUGCUCAGACAGUUGGAGGAGGAGGCGCAUAGGAGGCACGAGGUGCUCAGACAGCUGGAAGAGGAGAAGGCGAGCCACACCUGCAGCCUGGAGGAGCAGGCCCGGCAGCACGAGGAGGCGGUGUCCGAGGACAGGAGGUUCAUCCAGGAGCUGCGGGUUCAGCUGGAGCAGGAGCGCGGGCAGAGCGAGGAGCUGGCGGCCGCCGUGGAGCGUCUGCACCGGCAGGUCGUUCACACCAAGCGGCAGCUGGAGGAGGAGGCGCAGAGGAGGCGAAAGGCGGCUCAGGGGGAGCACAAAGCCGCCCUCGGUCUGGAGGAGCAGAGGCGCAGAGCCAACCAGCUGCAGGCACAGCUGGACCUCCUGAGAGAGGAGGCACGCUCUGCGAAGGAGGAGCGCAGGACACUGAGGAGGCAGGAGGAGCAGGAGGAGACAGACAGAAAGCACAGCUCCAUCUGUCACAGGCUGAGUCAGAGCGCCGCCCUGCAGGCUGAUGGGUGUAAUGCUGAGACUGAGCUGCAGCUCUCAGUCCACAUGGCAAACCAGCCCUACAACAGCAAGGUGCAGCGGCUGUACUGCCGGUUCUUGCGGGCGGAGAGCCACAGGAAGGCGCUGGCGUUCCAGAAGCGCUACCUGCUUCUGCUGCUGGGCGGGGCCCGGGACGGGCAGCACGCCACGCUGGCGCUCGUGGCCCGCAUGGGGGCGUGUCCCUCGCCUGCGGCCCCGCCCCCCCGGCCCAGCCCCGCCGCGCGCUUCAGGACCGCCGCCCUCGCGGCCAUCGCCGUCUCGCGGCUGUCGCUCCUGGUUAGGAAGUGGCAGAGGGCCUUCAGAACAAGCCCGCCAGACAGCGCUCAGACCACGGAGCACAGCUCCAGAGCCGGCUCCAGCAUCAACACUGAGGUGCUGAGACGACAGCAGCAGUCUGCGGCCCGGAGCUCCGCCCCCUCCUGUCACACCCAGCCUCUCGCAAGAGGGCGGGGCUUAGGUCCUGUCCGUCAAGUCACUCUUCAGCCUGUGCAGCAGGCUCAACCGCAGACCAUCAGACAGAACAGUAACUGAAUACCUCAUCUUAAAAUUAUACUGCAAUGCAUCAAUCAGUGUGUACAUAUGUAUUAAGUUUCAAUAAACAUUUUUUAUAAAACAAAUUAGAAAA